GCGCACCCAUCGGUAUCAACAACGUUCACUUCAUCAACAAACAUGGCGCUCCAGGCAAAAAGGCAAAAUUUAUGUUUUUAAUCUGUUGGCAAGGUUGCGCAAGCGAAUAAACGACUGCUGUCGCAGAUCGCAGUGCCAUCUAUAACGUCGUAACGGUCGUACCGGCGGUUAAAAGCACGUGUCUGAAUUUACGUUGCCAGAUAAACCAGAUAAACCACUUGUUGCCUGUUCCCUUAGUUACGACGACGCAUCGUUACAGUCUAAAGGCGAGGACCUGCAACUUCCGACGCUGUCGUGGAAAAGGACGACAUGUCGGAACGAACGUUAAUAAUCGACACCGAUGUGGGCGUGGACGAUGCUCUGGCCAUCAUUUUGGCCCUCGCCAACCCCGCCAAGUGCAAGGUCCUGGCGAUCACUUGUGUGGCCGGCAACGUGGAGCUCUCCAGGGUGUACACCAACGUCCUUCGGAUUCUCAACCACUGCAAGCAACUACAGAUACCUGUCUACCAUGGUUGCAAUCGGCCACUGGUUCAGAAAGCCAUGCACUGCACCGUGUACCAUGGACAAGAUGGCCUUGGUGGUGCCUCAGAAAAGUUCCCACUUCCCACCGAUGACCUGGAGCCUCCAAAGGAACACGCUUCGGUCGCCAUGGUCAACUUUGUGCAAAAGCACCCAGGGGCCUUGACACUCGUGGCCUUGGGUCCCCUCACCAACGUGGCUCUUGCCCAGCGACUUGACUCCACAUUCCUCAGCAACAUUAAAGAGCUGGUCAUCAUGGGCGGAACAUAUGAAGGUAGAGGUAAUGAGACACCCACCGGAGAGUACAACUUCACCUGUGACCCUGAAGCUGCUAGUGUUGUUCUCAGUGAGGCUGAAUGCAAGACAAGGAUUGUGACCUACGAACCUUGCCAGGAGCAUGUAUUGGAUUGGGACUGGUUUGAAAACUGGGUUGGCGGUCCAUCGCCGACGGCACAGCUGGUGCGAGCCAUGACCGAGGAUCCAGCUCAGCGGCAACGAGAAGUGCUCCAGCGGCAAGGGUUCAUGUCGUGCGACCUCAUCGCCAUGGCGGCGGUGAUCGAACCUUCACUUGUCACUUUCUGCGAACGUCACCCCGCAUGGGUGGAGCUUCAUGGCGCCACGACACGUGGAAUGCUUGUUGUUGACCGAAGGCCAAGCAUUAAAUGGCACCACGGCAAGCCCCCUCAUGUGGAAUUCCUGCUGCGCUUCAACAUGGAAGGCCUCAAGAAAUUGUACUCGCGAAUGCUUAACUGAGGAAACAUUGCCGCACCACCACUGCACAGCAAGGCCCACCAAAAUGAACUUACAAGGUUACAUGCAACCAACUCGACGUGAUUUUGAAAGGAUCACUUCGCAAGUGUUUUAGCCACCAUCACCUGCCGCGACAUACUGCCAUUUGUGUUUUUAUGAUUGCAUACAGGGAAUCGCGCUUGUUAUUAGCAUUAAUGCUAUUGUGUUUUGCUUUUAAGAAUGUCAGUCUUUCUUCUUUUCUUCUUUUUGCCGUCUUGUUCGCCGCCUUUUCUAUGUGUGGAACUCCCAUUUACCGAUACUAAAACAGUGUCUAAGACUAAGACAGAUACAGUGUCUAAGAUGGGAAAUUUGGUAUUUCGAAGUCACAUUAUACAUUGCCAAGAUAUAUAUGAUGUAGUCACUCAAAGAAUACAAAACAAGAUAGCUGGCUUCAUGCCUGGUAACUGUAAUCUUUCUUUCUCUUUCUUGCUUUUAAUUGUUGCAAUGCUGACGUUUGGUUCUAACUUUCAGACUGUUUCAGUGCCAUAUUAAUUCUGCAAUGUUGUCAUGUAUUCAUUCAGUCAACUGAAUGAUGUCCAGUUCUGCAUGAUUCGGAUGGACAGUGGAGCUGGCCUUCACAUCAUGAAAAAGGAUGGUCUAACUUGUGCUUGAGAAUAAGCAUGAAACUUGAAUUGUGUGAUUAAUGGGCUUUAAUGUUGCAAAUAUUAGUAAAGGAAUUAUGAGACAGUAGCAGAAGGCUCCAGAUUGAGUUUGACCACCUGGGGUUGUUUAAUGUGCAUGUAGAUCUAAGCAGACAAGUGCUUUUGCAUUUCUCUUCUUCAAUAUAACUACAGUUGCAGUGGCCAAAAAUCCAACCUGCAACUACAUACUCAACAGCAGAAAGCUUAUUUCCAGUCUAAUUAAAUGUAAAUAAUCUUUUUAAAAAAUGCCGUAAUAAGUGUAAUACCAAGUAUGUUCAUGUUGAUGGAAAAUUAUCAGCAUGUACACAAACAGCAAGUAAAAGGUCAUCACAACUGCAGCUUAUGACUAGCUUCCACAGUGGCUUUGGCUGGCUGGUUGUAUGACUGGCUAGUUGUAUACAUAUCCAAGGCUAAAUAUCUUUCAGCUUAUAAAAGAAAGAAAAAAAAAUAUCGGAGGGGUAAAAAGGCAAGCAAAAGUGGUCUAUAGCCUUCAGUACGGUUGUGUUGGUCAUAAAUUUUGACCAAAAAAUGUCUGCACAACUAAGCAGCAUGCAUAAUAUAGCUGUAAGCAAAACGUCAUCACAAUUUGCGUGUGCUACAAUGAUAUGAUGCAUAGGGUUUUGUGGUGCAAGGGCCAGUAAAGGCCAACGAAUGCCAGGUGUGCACUACAAUGACAGUAUUAACACAAGGAACACAACUAAGGUUUCUAACCAUACACUAACUGCACAAAGAAAGUAUUGUUGGUUAAUGCAGUGUAAUGCCGAGCUUGUUUUACUCAAAGGGAGAUUAGACGAAGUUGUGCAAGCCACAUAUAAGGCUUGCUUAGUUAGUUGCAAGUUGUAAUACUUUAAAUACUCUUUUAAAGCUGAACUGCAGACUAUGAGGGCUGCCAUUCUGCGACACUCUGGACUAAAUCUAAGCAAAACUUGGAGGACAACUAAUAAUGCAAAAGGACAGAAAGUCGGGCGAGUUGGUACGGUAACAUGAUCUUGAAUUGUAGCACGAAGUGACACAGACAGAGACUAGAAGCAGACAGGACAACUAAUAAACUUUAAUAUAAGCUAGACUGUGCGGCAAUUAUAGAAGCAUGAAGUGAUGGUUCUAACGUUAAUAGGCAGGAAGACUGCAGUAUGGAGUAAAGCUAACUGGCAUAGCUGAUAUCCUAGUUGAGGAGCAAGAAGUUGGGCAGGUCGUGUAAUGGCAUCGAGCUUAUAAUUAACUGGUGGUCUGCUAGGUAACAAAAUGGACGCCAAGGAAAGGGAAGCAGCAGUCAAGGACAGCUCAGCAUUAGGUGGUGUAAUGAGAUUAGUAAAUUUGCGGGCAUGAGAUGAAGUCAGCUAGCACCAAAAAGGCUUAAUCUGUUAUUGAUACGAGAGGCCUUCAUGCUGCAGGGGGCAUAAAACAGGCUAAUGAUCACAAUGAAAUCUAAGCAGAUGAGCAUUUUCGCAAAUCACUCCUUCAGCAGAACACGGCUACUCCAAUUUCAAGAAAUGUGGAAUGAAAGGUUGUGCAUACUGCGAUGUGGGGAUGUAUGUGUAUGACUAAAGAGUUCAAUAUGAGACGUAGUGGAUUGAGUGUGAUUAUAAGCAGUUGGAUCUGAAAUUUUUGACAAAAACAGUUUGUCUUAAAAAUCUCAAACAUUUGGACAUCAGUACGUAAAAUUACUUCUUUGAGAUAAGCACGCAACAGGUCACAGCAUUGGAUGGAAAACUGGGCAUGUUGGUUUAGCAUUUUCAUAGGUGAAAGGUGCAUAGAUGACACACAUAACAUCACCGCCACUAAAAGAGCUGCUCUAGUUGAACACAAGUGCACACCGAUGAACUGUGACAAAGCUCCGUGUAUAAAUGGUGCCAGUUUCUUGCAAGAAAUCUUGUUGGAAGUGGCGCCUUGUGUGUGCAUCUCUCUUAUGUGUGUCGUCUGCGCGCCUUUCACCUCUGAAGUCACACUAAGCAGCCGCUUGCAUAUGGAAUAAAUAUUGCUUGCAAUGUUGUCUUUAUUACAUAUUUUGUUGCUGUGCGUGCACCCUUAAGGGCAAGCGCUUAGCACUUUCAAAUGUUUUACAGCACUAGCUGUUUUAGGCACUUGAAGAUGUGCAUUUGUGGUGUCGCCAAUGCUUAUUUUGAGUACAAAAACAGCCAGACUUGUAGUCUCCACUUCUGUGUAUUAGUAAGAGUAGUGCGAUGAAAGGUUAACAAGAAGUGCAUCGACAGUGCUGCAAAUCUUUUGUGUUCAGAAAAUUAUUAUUAGUAUUGCACUGUGCAUGGUGUUGCUCUAGAUGGUGCUGGCAUAGCUUUUCACUUUACAUGAAAAAUGCAGUUUUUUUUUUGUAGGUGUUCAUUGUUUGAAAGCCAGCAAAGGGUCACACUGUUUGAAAUGUUUAGGGCCGCAAUUUACACAAUCUCUCGAGUAGAAAAGGGAGGUGUCUGCAAUGCGACCGAGAACUGCGCUGGCCAGGUGUUUGGUCUGGCAAUAAUGGAGCUUGCAAAUGUGAGCUUGUUAUUGAAACCGCCCGACAAUACUUGUUGAUUUGAAAGCACUCGACUCUACAAUGCAGGAAAGGGGGCCGAAUGAAAUGCAGUUGCUCGAACACAUUCUCAGUAAGCACACUCACUUGUUGCCUGUCACUAUGGCUUUCACUCAUUACCGUGGGGUAUUGCCAUUUUUCUUAAUUGUCUCCGAGCAGGGAACACUCAUUGCUUUUUUUUCUUCGUAUAAAUAUAGAUUGAUGAAGUCGUGCAGUUUCAUCAACAGUUAUGUUUCUGUACUCUAUGCAACAGCUUCAUUGAAGGGUGCCCUAAAUUCGAAGAGAGGCUAGCACAUCGCAUCCAGUUUUAUAGCUUCAGAAACGCAUGCGCUAAGUGGCAGGUUCACAUCACCAAUUGUUGUUGCCCUUUCAAUCAGUUUCGUAUUGCAGAGCAGGUAGACACCUUCUGCAGUGUGUCCCAAGGUGCCUUUCCUCGAACCUUGUGCUGAGUCCCAGUCUUUGAACAUGCACCGACUAGUCCAAAUUACCUACUUGUGAAAGCGCUCCUCACCAGGCCCCAUUGAAAAUUUUGGUUAUAUGCUCAAGGGGUCGUUCAGGGAGCAAUCUACCGCAAUAAUUUCGGAAAAAGUUUCACUAGUAGUCGAGGUAGCAGUACUAAAUGAAAUCCUGUCGAGCAGCGAUUCAAAUAAGUAAGCUACCUUCCUUGCUCAAAUGCUCUCUCCACAUGCCUCGAACAGUGUCUGCAAGUGACAUUUCUCUCCUGCCUUCUCCCACAUUGGAGCCAAAGGCCCGCCUCCUUUUUCAUCACGACUCCUGCAGCUCUGGCAUUCUUUCUAUCCUGUCCCUUCUUUUAUUGCUGUGUGUUGCUGCAUUCUUUGCAUUUCACAAGUCCCAGAGAUGUUCUUGCUACUGCUGGCUAUUGGUGCUUUUCAGGCACCAUAGUGAGUUACAUAAACAUAACUCACUGCCCCAGUAGCUCCUUCAAGGAAAAGAGCAUGUGGGCUUUUGUAUGAUUUUUUGACUGUUUUUCCAGUGCACACCAUUGUAAUACUUUGCAGACACGACCGUCACUGUGUGAUCUAUGCUGCAUUGCAGUUGUAUCGGUGCUCAAAUCUGGUGAGCGGCACUUAGUUACGCGUGACCAAUAUCUACUGUUCUACAUUAGUAUUUUUACAUUGUGCGCUCAUCGGAAUGCAGCUGCUGCAGUUUAGAAUCCAAUCAGUGACUGCGUUCAGCAGCAGAAUGCCAUAGCCAACAAGCCAUGCACGAGGACAAACGAGAAUCAUUCGAAUGUAGGUAGAGUCCUAUUUUUAAGAGGCAACAUGAAAAUUUCAAGAAGACAUACUUUUAUUUUAGUGCAUAUUAAUAAGUGAAGUUCGCAGCUCAGCGUCAAAAAUAGGCGGGGAAGUGAAUCUAGAAACGAUGCGAGAACAUAUGGAAGUUACCAGGGGCCACAAAAAUACUCUCGUUGAAAUUUAUGCCACGUCUGCCUCGCUGUGCUUUUAUCACUACAAAAAAAAAAGAAGAAGAAGAAGAAGAAAAAACCUUCUUUGAUGCUGCUAUGCCAUUUGUAACCUAUCCUCGGUCACAAUCAUAGAUCGACUGCAAGACCUCUGGACAAUUAACAAGAAAGUGUUGGCUAGUUGGUUAUCCAUUUUCAGGUAGAAAUAGCGUUAGACGAGGAUUUAGUGAAAGCAUGUAAGAGGAUGAUACAUUGAGCUUGUGUAUCCUCUUUUUAUUUGCCUUUACCAAGAGCUUUGCUCGUCUUUAGCGAUGCUUCCAAUUGACUUUGAGCAAAGUUUGCAGAAGAAAAGGUUGACCUAAUUUCAAAAAACUAUUUUUUAGAAACCAGCUACCACAUGUAAUAAUCUAUCAGGGUAAUGGUGACAUGGUGCUCAGGGAAAGUGGACAGCAAGUUGGAUCAUGUGUGGCAUGAAAAAAUAAUUAUUUACAUGUGUGUACUGCGGCUGUAAGCUUUUGACUUCUACUGUUCAGUAUAAAAGUACUUUGGAAAUAUGUAUGCAUAUUAUGUACGAGUGGACUAAUAGCUACAAUGUUUUACUGGCAUAGCCAGCAUUCUGGGAACAUGGUGUUCGACAAAUGCCAAUGCUAUUCUUAUGUGGAUACUUUUGACAUUGGUGAAGGUCUGAGACUGCUUCAUAUGCUUGCCUGCUCUUGUAAAAAUAAGGCAGCAAUUAUUUUGAUAUCUUCUUUCAACCUUUAUAUUGUCUUUAUUUACAUAGCUUUGGUAAAGGUUGCAUGUGCCAAUAAAAACAUUAGUAAAACUUCUGAUUACCCCCUUUGUUGUCAUUGAACUUUAAUUGAAACAGCUCACACACACAGAAAAAAAAUAAUAAAGCAUCAAAGGUAGCAGUAGCUUUAGUUUUUUUUCUAAGCCAUAAAUUCUAAAGGUCUGGCUGAAACUAAUGGAGACUAACCUUCAAUAGAUGAUGACAAUAUCUUGUCAUUUGUGGACAAAUUUUGCACAAGCUACAGGCAGUUUACAGACAUAAAAAGUUGGGUCCUUCAAAAUCGUUAGCCAUUUACAUUAUAACCAGCAUGAAAAGUCUGCAGGAUGCACGUUCUGCAAAAAUGCACGAUUUCCGGCCAGUCUUUUUUGCUUUUAGCUGUAGAACAGUGCAGCACUAUUGGCGGCAAGCUCCACCACUAGAAAAGCUAGUGCCACCAUCGGCGUGACAUGGCAUGAGGGAUCACGUGAACACAGAGGCCGCGUCGGUUGCUUCAAAAGCGUUGAAGCGAGCUGAAAACGGAAGUUUAAAGUCCCACCUGUGCCGCGGUUUUGAUUAAGUGGUGAGGCUUUACCGCCUUGGGUGUCUGCUUGACAACAUUUGAAAGUACAGUACUAUAAUAGGUAGUGGCUACCUUUUAUGUACUAUUAUGCACUGUGUACUACUAUGUACUACUAUGAUGAGCAAAACGUGAACAAGGUGAAUGCAGGCGCCAACGUUUCUACAAGUGGACUUGUCUUCUUCAAGGUACUAUUAUGUACUACUAUGCAAAUUAUUUUCCUCGAGAAUAUUUGCAAUGAUGAAAGCCGGUACUCUGAAACUAUUUUUGACACGCAUGAAUAGUGUCUGACCGAUAACCAUUCAGAAUCAUCAUUGUUGAUUGCUACUAAAUCUGCUACAAAAUGCUCCUGGCAAUUCGCACCACUGAUGCAGCAGUGGCCUAACUGCUGGAGCAUCGGGCUGUUGUGCUGAGAGACUGAUGUUCAAUCCCACCAUCUAACAUGUAAUUCUUUUAUUUUUUGUGAGUACACUAUGCAGCAAAGCAGCUGCCACAGACAUCUAAGUCCAAGAGGGUUUGCUAAAAAAGCUUUGCUUUAAAAUUGCCUGGUAGAUAAAGCAUGCUGCUUGCAUGUAACCUGAUCUAACUCAAACACCAUUUUGUACCUCAUAAUUUGAACCCGCACAGCAUGCCACAGGCAAGCCCAAGUUUGACAUUAACCAGUCGAUUGCAUCACAUAUAUGCAGUAGAAACGCGUUGAUACGUUCCCCUAAGUAUGUUUUCCCGGCACCAACAUUUGCAAUCGGGAACACACAAAAUGACCCAAUAGAGUUACAGUCAUUUCAUUGCGGUUCAUACGUUCCCGGAAAACACAAUUUUUCGGCAUCAAUGUUUAGUAUGUCGCUAAACUGCGAUCGUAUGAGACGUUCUCCGGCCGCUAGAUUCCAUGUAAACAGGAAAAUAUGCAAGGCACACGCGAUCGAAAACAGUAUGUGGUAGCCCAGCGCGACGCCUUCACCGCAGCACUUGCUCGCCCGCCCCACGUGGAAACACCAGCUCGCACUCAGUUUCUCAUUUCAGUACUAGCAAAUCUCCAGGGUCAUCGCAUGCAGCAUUCACAACUAUCAGUGCCAACUUUAUUGCGAUAAGCACCUUCGCCUAUCUGUUUCACAGCACGUGGUGCCAUUGGCUGUGUAGUGCACGCUUAUAGUAGGCAAUAACUGAAACUCGCCGUUGUUCCUGUUGCAGACUGCGAUCGUAUACAUUUUUCUGCUGCUAGAUCCUAUGUGAACAAGAAAAGGCGCAAGGGGCAUGCAAUCGAGAACAUUACAUUAUAGCCGCCCAUCUCACGUGAAAAUGACGGCAUGCACAAUUGCUUAUUUCGGUACCAGCAAAUUGCCCGGGCCAUCGCAUUCCACAUUCACAGCUAUCGCCGCCAAACCUACUGCGAUAAGCAGCUUCACUUAUGUUUUACAGUGCAUGGUGCAUAGUGCCAUUGGUAUAGCAUACUGCAUGCUUUUAGUAGGCGAUAAUCCAAACGCACCGCCGUUCCCUGCUGCAGGCGGCGCUAUGUGGGCAUCGCGUUUCGUUUGGGCGGCAUCCGGUGGCGCCCACCGGCUCAAUUUCGUCUCAGUUUUCCAUCACCCUCUUAAAACACCACGCAAUAGGGAAACAACAAAACGCAUCUCAGGCAGCUGGAGCACCACCGGCUCGACGUGCAUUGGCGUCUCCUGCCGCGACACUUCGCAUUACGUAACACGUCAACAAUAAUCGAGUCUCUCUCUCUUUUUUUUUUUACUUUGGAUCGUAUAUUUUUCCGGUUAGUACGUUUUUCUCGCAGCAUAUUCCAAAACGCAUGAACGAAGUUUUGCUGUACUGAGCUUUUCUGGCUGCUACUUAGAAGUUGUAAUUACUUCACAACUACUAGUAAUACAUCUGGGGCUGGUAGUUAAAUUUCACUGUAAAAACAGAGAAAUGUUAACACGCAAAUUGACCGCUGCCUUCAUACAAACCACCAUUUUGCUCCAAAAGAGAAGAUUGUGCAAAUUACCAAUUUAUUAAUUGAUGCAAGAUAGAAGGCCACAAGGUUCUAAACUUUUUUUUUAACGUGACAGUUUAGUGACAGCGAGGUUAACACAUGCUUGAUAGGCUGUUCAUUACCUUAAUGUAUACAUUAUAAUACAACCAAUUUGGGGAGGGGGGGCUCUAUUGAUAUGUUUUCAACGGUAUAAAAUAGAACACAAAUUCAAAGAAACACUUCGGUGUAGCAUUAUAUCAGGCUUGAUGAGUAGGUCACUUUCAUUUUGAACUUUGUCCCUGUUUGUCUGACAAUGAAACAUGAUCAAACUUCAUGCCGUUGAUAUUUUCAUAGAAACUGUGCAAAAUGUGUAAACGGUUUCUCCCAGCAAUAUGCAAGCUUAUUCGAAAGUCAGAAUGCCAAUGUAACAGCACUGCAGCGAAUAACCAAGCAGCGCAGAUUAUAUCGCAUAAAGGAUAGACAUCAAAUGUGGUGUCUGCCACAAUGUGGCUUGCAAUUGACAGGACAAUAUGUGCUCAACAUUUUUGAGUUUGGCUGAUUGACCAGCACCACCAUUAAAGAGGCCCUGCAAUACUUAAUGAACAUCGUAAACAAGCCUGCUGAAGUUUCCGACAACACUUGUCAUGAAAUCUGCACCUAUUAUUGCUCCCAUACUCGCACCAGAAAGCAUACAGGUCAGUUCAAAAGACUGCUUGCUUGCCUGCCGAGUUUACCCCAAUAUCCCCACCACUUUAGGUGAGUCUUUGUAUGCAAUCUUAAACAAAAUGGUCAUUUACUAGAUUCCUUUAGACAGUGCUGCUACCUGGCGGCAGACAUCCGACACCACAGCACCAAUACUGCAAUUUUUUCUGGUGCUCAAUGGCCAAAAAAAAUAAAAA